UUAAUUAAUUAUAAUAAUUAUAAGAACAUGGAGCAAAUGGAAGUCGACAAUGAUCUGGCCAACAAGCCAAGCACCUCAUCCUCGGCCGCAGCAGGUGCUGCCAAAACGCAGCCUGCACAAACAAAAGAGAAUAUAAUGGCUGCGCCGGGUACAAUUGCCUCAGUGACUAUAUCACUGCAUCCGCUGGUCAUAAUGAAUAUAUCUGAGCAUUGGACUCGCUUCCGUGCACAGCAUGGCGAGUCACGUCAGGUUUAUGGUGCGCUUAUUGGCAAACAAAAGGGACGCAACAUUGAGGUAAUGAACUCCUUCGAGCUCAAGGCGGAUGAAAUUGAAGAGGAGACAAUCAUCAACAAAGACUAUUACAACAAAAAGGAGCAACAAUAUAAACAGGUCUUCAGCGAUCUGGACUUCAUUGGCUGGUACACCACCGGCGACAGUCCCACGGCGAGUGAUAUUAAGAUACAAAAGCAGAUAGCUGAGAUUAAUGAAUGUCCCAUAAUGCUACAGCUGAAUCCUUUGGCAAGGAGCGUCGAUCAUUUACCCGUAAAACUAUUUGAAUCGCUCAUAGAUCUCGUGGAUGGCGAGGCCACCAUGUUGUUUGUGCCGCUGACCUACACGCUCGCCACCGAGGAAGCGGAACGCAUAGGUGUGGAUCAUGUUGCACGUAUGACCACCAACGAGUCUGGCGAAAAGAGUGUCGUGGCGGAGCAUUUGGUUGCACAAGACAGCGCCAUUAAAAUGCUAAAUACACGCAUCAAGAUUGUGCUACAAUACGUCAAAGAUGUGGAGGCGGGCAAGCUUAAAGCUAAUCAGGAGAUCUUACGUGAGGCAUAUGCGCUAUGCCAUCGUCUGCCCAUAAUGCAGGUGCCCGCCUUUCAGGAGGAGCUCUAUACGCAAUGCAAUGAUGUGGGGCUGAUAAGCUAUCUGGGCACGCUGACCAAGGGCUGCAACGAUAUGCAUCAGUUUGUCAACAAGUUUAAUAUGCUCUACGACCGUCAGGGUUCAUCGCGACGCAUGCGCGGUCUCUAUCCUUAAAUAUUUUAAACGUAUAUAUAUAUAUAAGCGCUUGCUGCCUAUUAAAUGACCUCUG